CCUUGACAUCCGUCCUCUGGUAGCCAAAUCAUGAGGCGACCGGCUUUUUCGUCCCGCGCCUUCCGUUUUCUCUGCCAAGGAGGCUCUUUCCCAUCGAUUCGACCACUUUCCCGCUGGCCCCAGCAGCCGCCUCGGCUACCUACUAUAACCUUCAGGGCCACCAUGACCUCCUUGACUGACGACUCGUUCGCCUUUGAAUACCAGCCUAUCGAGGGUGUGGAAAGGCUGGAACGAUAUCGACCGGGAGGAUAUCAUCCAAUCCGCGUGGGAGAUAUGCUCAAUGACCGGUACCAAGUGAUUCACAAGCUGGGCCACGGGGCGUAUUCGACCAUCUGGCUCUCACGUGAUACCCAACGGGCAGCCUAUGUCGCUGUCAAAGUUGGCACUGCAGAUUCCUCUCCUCACGAGAGCGACGUUUUGCGCUCUCUCACAGAUGACUGCCCGACAGUCGCUCGAGGCCGUUCGAUGAUACCCAAAAUUCUGGAUCAUUUUGAAAUCAGGGGCCCGAAUGGACGUCACAAGUGCUAUGUCACUGCCCCCGCUCAGAGCAGUGUAUCUGCAGCGAUAUUUUCCCGUCACUUCCAAUUAGAAACUGCUCGUGUCCUAGCUGCUCAGCUUGCUCUGGCUGUUGCGUGUAUUCAUGCCCAAGGCUAUGUCCACGCCGAUCUCCACCUCGGCAACAUUCUAAUCCGUCUAUCUUCUAGCUUCGACCAACUAUCGGUCGACCAAUUCUACGCGAAAUUCGGCGAGCCCUACACGGAACCAAUCACACGAUUGGACGGACAGCCUCUCCCCCCUGGCGUUCCAACCCACGGAACUAUGCCAGUCUGGCUAGGUAAAAGAGCGAACGAAAUACCACCUGAAGAAGCUCAUCUCCUCCUCAGCGACUUCGGCGAAAGCUUCUCUCCAUCCAAUGAUUCCAGUCCCGGACACCAACGACGCGGCGAAGACUGCCACACUCCCCUUCCCGUCGCACCACCCGAAGCCUACUUCGAACCUACCACACCCCUCUCCUAUUCCGCCGACAUCUGGUCUCUUGCCUGCGCCAUGUGGUCGAUCUUUGGCAUGCGUUCGCUAUUUGACGCUACACUUGCUACGCAAGAUUAUAUGGUCUCUCAGCAGAUCGAUAUUCUUGGCCCGUUGCCUCCUACAUGGUGGGAGGUGUGGGAAGCAAGGCAUGGGUAUUUUGAGAGAUUGGGGGUGCCGAAGAAAGAUCGGUUUAUCUAUCUGUCUCUCGAGCAGAGCUUUGAGCUGCAUGUCCAGGCGUCGCGACGGAGAGAUAAAAUGCCUUAUUUUGGUGAUGAGGAGAAGAGAGAUAUUCUGGAUAUGCUUCGUCGGAUGCUUGUUUUCAAGCCGGAGGACCGGGCGUCAGUUGAGGAUGUUUUGGGUUCGGAGUGGAUGGUGAAGUGGGGGGUACCGGCUGUUGAGGAAUUCUGUCCACAGAUCCAGGGACGUACAUAAUGAAGUAGCGGACAGAUAUACUAUCGCUUCUAGGUUGAGGGUUGUGGUCGCCCACAGCCCGAGGCAUCGUGAAGCGUCUUAAUACGCAUCUUAU